UUUGCUUGCAAGUUGCAACGACGUGCUGCGUUUGCUUUUAUCGCAUUUUUUAGAUUUUUCAAACAGUUUGUGGUAUUUUAUGUGAUUUUGCUUCCUUAUCCUUGACUCCUUAGCACCCCACCUUUCAACUUUCAUCAGUAACGUUUUGUAAAAUGUGGUGUAUCAGUUUUAUAACUACUUCAGUAGAAUGAUCGUAAAGAAUGCCGAGAAAAGUGAAUCUCGUCACAUUUGAGGGCUUUUUAAGCUUUUAGUCGUGAAUCUGUGUCUGGACUCUGGAUGUUGCUAUAACUUUGGGAUAGCUCACCGAUGAAUUGACUGGCGCCAUGUCGAUCUCCUUCCAGCAGAUCGUGGCCGUCGAUGCCCGCUACAGCCUGCAUCGUCUCCCACAGGAUCCGCAGUUUCGCACCUUAUACAUUCGACGGCGCAGUCAACUGCUGCGGCAGGUGUUCAAGAGCGAUGGCCAGAUGGUGUCGGGCGCUGCGGCCAGCAGUCUGACACCCGACGAAGUGCGGGACAGUCGCAAAACCUACCUGCACACACGGCUGGCCCUGCUGGCGAAAAAGUACGGAUCGCAGAUGGACAACCGCAGUGUGUUUGGCUCGUCGGGGAAGAACAGUCGCUGUCGCAGUAUCAGUCGCUCCACCAUCAACAGUCGUCUGCCGGAGGACGGGUCCGAUGAGGAGAACACCGUGCAUUCGGCCAAUUUUACCACGGCUGCUGUUGCUGCUCCGAAGAAGUCCGCGGAAACCUAUGCGUUUUCCGGUGUGCAGCACAUCUUCGAUCAGCACAAGAAGGCCGUUGGUUCCGUGCGAUUCGCCGGGGACGAUAAACACCGUUUGGCUUGCUGUUCGGCUGAUGGCAUGUUGUCUGUAAUUAUGCUAUUACCCAGUUACGCCGAGGGAGAAUCUCCAUACUCCAUCCAGCUGCUAAAAGGCCACACCGAUGAGGUGACUGAUUUCUCAUGGGGUACAUCCGGUGAUCUCAUCGUUUCCUGUAGUUUGGACGGUUCAGUUCGUUUAUGGGACACCUACAACGCUACCUGUCUGCGCACCGUGCACGACCACUUCCGCUGCGGCAUCCUCUCCUGCACCUUUCAUCCGCGCAAUAACAACUUUGUCGUCACCGGCAACGAGCGCGGUUUCCUGCAGGUGCUCAACGUGUCCACGGGGAAGUUCCUCUCCGAGUCGCUGGUGAAGACCAACGGCCGGGUUCUGUGUAUGUGCUUCGACGCCGUCUCCAGCAUCCUGUGGAUCGGCAACGACAACGCCACGCUCUUCUCCUUCCUCUUCGACGUUCUCUCCUCCAAAUUCAUCCUCAUCAAACAGAUCCACCUAUCCUCAAAGAACGUGGCCAUCACCAGCAUCAGCGCGCUGACGACCGCCGCCCAGCGAGGUCCCCUGGAUCGCGGGGAUGAGAAACUCCCCGGGAAGACCCCGCUGCUGUUGUUGAAUUGUUCCGGGAAUGCGCUGCUGCUCUUUCAGAUUAAGGAAGCGGAUUUAAGGAGGCAGCAGUUGAUCUUGAAACGGAGGUUUAUCAUUCGACAGAAGAAGUUCCGGAUUCGCUCGUCGUUUUGCGCGCGGGGCUCGGCGGCCGGGCAGGGGGUGGUGGUCAGCGGGAGUGAGGACGGACGGGUGAUGGUGUACGAUGCGGAUAAGCCGGUGAGUAAGGCCUGCGUCAAUGAACUGCAGGGACACUCGGCCGCCGUGCUGGAUGUGUGUUUUAAUCUGGAUGAGAGUCUGCUGGCCAGUUGUGACGCCAAUGGGAUCGUUAUCAUCUGGAAGCGGGUUAACAAGGCUGGAAAUUACUGAAAAGGAAUUUUUUAAAAUUAUUUAUUCGGACACUGUCCGGUUGAUGGGAUUCUUAUAGAUCUGCUGCAUGAAUGUGAUGGGUAUAAUGGGAAUUUUUUAUGUUAACUUGGAACGGAAUCGCGGUGGUGUACAGACGGAAAUUAAAUAAUUUGAACAUGUGAUGAAAUUGUGUUGACGGCAUUCGUCAGUGGGCUCCCGUUGAA